AUGGCGGAGGCUGCAGCUAAAACCCUGUUGGACAACAUCAGCCAGCGGCAUCUGGAAUGUCCGGUCUGUUGCUGUGGUUUCAAGGAUCCCAAGAUACUAGACUGUUUUCACAGCUUCUGCCUGAACUGUCUGGAAGAGAUGAUGAGCAAACAGAAGUCAGAGACAGAGAAGAUCACAUGUCCAGUCUGCAGGAAAGAGACACAAGUUCGUGGUGGAAGUUUGCAGCAUCUUUCUAACUCUUUCUUUAUAAGUUCUCUCGUUGAUGAAUUCAACCAGCAAAAACAGGAGCUUGGUGAGGCAUCUGGAACUUCUGAAAGAUGCAAAGAAUGCGAAAAAGGUCUUGAGGCCUUAUGGAGAUGCCUUGAUUGCAAGGUGAACAUCUGCAAGAAAUGCCAAGACGCACAUACACGUCCGAAGCACACCAACGACCAUCAACUUAUUCCAAUGCAGGACGUCAGAAAAUCAAGAGUUUUAGCAAUGGAAUUUACCGAAAAAAGGGCACCAAAAUGUAGAAAACAUAGUGAUCAUGCCAUCUGUUUUUACUGUGAAAAAUGUAACACAUUGAUUUGCUCAAUGUGUGCUGCAGGAGACCACCGGUCAGCAGAUCACAAAUACGCUGCGAUCGAGGACGUCGUGAAAUCAUUCCGUAAGAGUGUCAACGACAAAUUGCAAAAGUUCAAGAAAAGCAAAGAACAACUUUCCUCGAAUGAAGUCUCGAUCAAAUGUGCACAAAAUAGACUGAGGAAGAACUUGGCCCAUGCACAUAGUGAUAUUUCUGCAAAAGCAAAGGCAGAGAUCAGUAAAAUCCGGAUCAAAGCGAAGCUUCUCGCCGAAAAGGUCGAGAAAAUCGGUCAGGAGAGAGACAGUGAGUACGAAAAGGCGCUCAUACACAACCGUGGCCAGAUGGAACGCGCAGAUCAGAUAGUCACGGCCGUAAAUGACUUAAUGGGACAAUGCGAUGAUUUCGAGCUUUUGAAGCUCAAACGGGAAGUGAUGCUCAACUUGGAAUUCCAAAAGGAGCCUGAGUGUGAACCGGCAAAGGUGGAUAUGGCGUUCAUCGGGGUAAAAUGUCAAGAUGUCGUUAGUAACAAGGAUCUUGGGACAAUAUUGCUCAAAGAGAACUGGUGCUUGAAGGGAAAGUUCGGCAAACAAGGCACCGGUGACGGACAAUUUGCGCAUGCUGCGGGUAUUGCAUGUUUCGCGAACGGGGACGUGGUAGUAACAGAUAUAGCACAAACACGGUUAUCAUUGUUUACCGCCAGUGGUCGGUUCAAAACAUCUGUUGAUCAAGGAACCAAAAGCAAUCAGCUGAAAAAUCCCUGGCGCGUUGGAGUGAACUCUGACAAUCAUCUUUUCGUCACGGAUGAAGAUAAAGUGAAGGUUUUUGACAAGGAGCUUCAGUUUGUUCGUGAUUUUACACCUUCGGUUUACGAUGCAGUGGUACUACCAGAGAGUGACCUCAGUGGCAUUGCUGUAGACAAACAACGAGUCGCAGUGGCUGACAGAGGAAGAAGAGUCCUCAAGGUGCUGAAAUUUAACGGAUCGUUGAUUGCAAGCGCACCAAACAACGUUGUUGACAAUAACUUGGCAAUGAGCAACAAAGAGCGGCUGAUCUUCACAAACUACGAGGAAAAGAGGUUGUUGUGCGUUGACUAUAAGGGCAAUGAGUCGUUCAGCGUAAUGACCUUAAUGAACGGGAAACCAGCGAAACCGACUUGUGUCCUGUGCGAUGAUGAUGGGAGCAUCUAUGUGGCUGUUCACUCCGGUAAGGUGGGGAACAGCGAGGUGCAUCGUUACGAUUCGAAUGGUGCAUUCGAAGCAACAGUAGCUCAAGGGUUGUACAAUCCGUCAGGGAUGACAUUCACCCCCGCAGGUGACGUCAUUGUCGCAGACACACACUCCGUCAAAAUCUUUCAGCGGAUGUGA